AUGGCACGCAUAUAUGUACCAGCUCUGAUCCUCUACGGCUUCUGUAAGUUACUUUAUCUUCAGUUCAGAUUUUAAUAGAUUUGUUCUGUCAAAUAGGUGUGAUUGUGUCUAGGUGUGUGUGUAGUAUAUGUGUGAGUGUGCAAAAUGUUGUGUGUGAACAAUAGCUUUUAUUAAAUCACACCAGAUUUACAUUCCUUAAGAAUUAAGCAGAAAGUUGUUUUUCUAAAUCUGUUUUCUCUCUUUCAGGUUUGACCCUGGUCAUCUUGGUCUCUCCGCCACCCUCAGUGGUGGUCCAUCCUGGGGAUAAUAUCACCCUGCAGUGCACUAAUGUCCUUAAAGUUCCAGGACAUGUUGCCUGGUUCAAACAAGUCAACGACUCAGAGCCUCUGUGCAUCGCGUCUAUGUACACCUCUCAGCCGUUUGUCAAUCAUCACAAUGGUUUUCAGUCCAGCCAUAUGGAAAUGUUAAUCAGCAAUAGAAUAAUCUUCCUCACAAUCACAGAGGUGGAUGUAGCUGAUUCUGGUCUGUACUGCUGUGGACUGUUCCAUCAAUACUUAAUUUUCACCAAUAUGACUGUCCUGACUGUUCAAGGUAAUGUUUUCAAUCAUUUCUCAGCUGUGACUACUGGAUGCUAUGAAAGUUUGUGCUACGAGUGCGCACAUAAAAGAGUUGGAAACAAGUUAACUGUCCUAUUCAUCCAAAAGGUUACAAGGAUUCUGACAAAGAGCCAGAGCAAUAUUGUGAAGGUAUGCUUAGUCUGGUAUUGUAUGGUGAAAAUCAUUUAAAACAUACAUUUUAACCUAUAUCUUCGAUAUGAGCUAAUAAUUGUUAGAUUAAUGAGGUAUAGUUUUUAUACUUCUGAUUCUAAAUGACGUUUUUUGAUAAGAGAGGAUGAUAGAUCAAUGAAUCUCUUCCCACUGGUUGUGAUGGGUGGUAGUGUAAUGGAACUAUCGGUAUUGUAGGAGAGGAUGAUGAACCCAUCAAGUACCCAUUUCCAUUGGUAUUGAUCCUGGGUGUUGUGACUGCUGUCCUCCUGAUAGUCAUCUUCAUCUUGGUCCUCAAGAUCAUACGAGACGCAAACAGACACAACACAGGUAGGAGCCCAUUUCAUGAUAAUAUGGGACCUGUGAACUACACUUUUAAUGUGGAUGUUUUUUCCAUGACAUACUGUACACUGACGAUCAGAAGAGUCAGUGUGUACACUAGAAUGGAAUGAUCCGUUAAUCCGUUCUCUCGUCUCUUUUUCACAUCAUAUUCAGGACCUGAUUCUCAAAGACAACCACAAAAUGAUCAGGUAAAUACUGGAUCAUUAAAUAUUGGAUAUAAGCAAUUCAGAAAUCAUGAAAAUAACAUAUGUUGGUUAUGUCAUGGUGUUUGCAAAUCUACAGAACCAAGAUCCAGAUGCAUUGAAUUAUGCCGCCCUGAAUUUCACCUCCAAGAAGAGGAAGAUGGAGAGGAGAAGAGAGAAGGAGCUGGACCCCCAUGUAGUGUAUGCUGCUACAAGAUGACAAAGUGGAGGAGGAUGGAAGAGGAGGAAAAUUGGUUGGACAUAUCUUUGAAUACAAGUUUAAAUCCUUCUAUAUUGUAUGUGUAGUUAUAUUAAAUGUUUUGAAAUGUAAAUCAGUAAAUAUCCCUGUAGCCCUCUCCAACUCAGUUAGGCCACACAGCUCAGUGGUACAGGGUGUGGUUAGAGAGGAGGAGUUAGAAGUCAAAACACAACUGUUUAAUGGCCUCAGAGGAGUAGUUGCCUCUUUUGGCCUCUCUUAACUUAGAUCUCUGUUGUGUGUGUUAGUGAUUUGGUUAUUUCUUUAUAGGGUGACCCUGAGGGGCAAAGUACCCAGCAGUAGACAAUUGCAUUAUACUGAUCACUUCUAAAGACAAAUAAAGAGAUAAAUCAAAAUAGCCUUUGUAAUGAUGUUAUAACGCCCCUUAGUAUUUCCUGUCUUGGCUUUGCACUGAUCACAACCCCCCUAUUAUGAGGAGCACCUUAUAAGGAGAAUAUGAUUGGGGUCUGAGGUAGAGGAGGUGGCAGUGAGGGUAUGCAUCACUUCCUGAGUGACAGGAAGGAGCAGCUCAGUGUAAAGUGAGACCUGCUGAGUUGAACAUCACUGGGUCUCUCAUAGACUAACACUGGGGGAUGAAAUGUCCCUUAUUCUCUCUCUCUCUCUCUCUCUCUCUCUCUCUCUCUCUCUCUCUCUCUCUCUCUCUCUCUCUCUCUCUCUCUCUCUCUCUCUCUGUAUGUCUCGCCAGAUUUCCAGUCCACCUGA